AUGGAAAAACUCACGGAAGAAGCGUUAUCCAAGCCAGCAAGAAUUGUGACAGGCUAUCUCGAUGGUUCGAUGGUCAAUUGCAAGCACAGGGAACGAGGAUGUGUUGAAUUGGUCGAGCUUGGCCUUCUUGAAACUCACAUUUCCGUGUGCGAGUAUAAACCUGUAACGUGUCCUAACGAAAGAUGCGAGGCUGUUGUAAACAUGGCAGAUUUAGAGGAACACACGAACGAGGAUUGUGAAUACAGACAAGUAUUUUGUGAAGAAUGUGACGAGAACAUGUCGUUGAAGAAAUAUGGAAAACAUGGCUGUUUUAUGAGCAAAGAUGUUCAGGUAACACAAGUUUGAUGUAAAAUUUUGCAUCAACGAAUUCGUACAUUUUCCCCUUGCCCCUCAGAAAAAUUGCGGAGAUCAAAGGAUGCCGACAGGAUUUACACCUCAGAAACGACUUUGGAGUCACCCUUUAGAAAAACUCGUCCAUUGGGAGAGGGGGGUGAAUAUUAUAAAUGAAAUGAUCCAUUAGUAAAUUGACCUUUUGUAGUAUUAUUCAAAUAUAGUAAUAUUUAACUAAAUUCAGUGUUUAACUUCAAUGUUUUAUAUAUAAUAAACUAUAUAUCUAUCUUUCAGACAGUGAAGGGAGAAUUGUUUCAAGUGCAACAUCGGGUCAAAGAGAUUUUUAACACGCAGAAUGAAAUGCUCGAAGCAAUCCGAAAUCUUACAACCACUGUUAAUAAAAUGAGCAGAGGAAAUGUCAAAGCAGCUCCUGCAUGUCACCCAAAACCACAAGGGAACAUUGUUGUCAUUGGUGGAGAUGAUGGUGACAGAAGUUUGCUCGAUUCUGUUGAAAUGUACUCCCUGGCCAAUCAAACAUGGAGUAAAUUAGCACCAAUGCAAGAAAAGAGAGCGUCUCCAACCGCACAUUUCUACAAUGGCCGAGUCAUGGUUACUGGGGGACGUUCUGGUAUGAGCAUUGCAACUAGGACUAUAGAAUAUGUCUGAAUCCGUAAAGAAUUACAAGGCACAAUUCGGGCAGAGCCAACCAACAGAGCUUACCAAGAUGAAUUCACUUCACUUGUAUGCCAACUGCCACUGGAAUGCUGUGGUCACAAAACAACCAUCCUAAAUGAUCAUGAUGAUCUGUGGCUUGUCUUGAUGGGAGGAAUUAAUUGGGAGCAAGGAUGCUUAAGUUCUGUUGAGUGUUUUGAUCUUGAGAGUCAGGUUUGGCAUGAACAGCCAUCCAUGAGUGAAGCAAAGUAUAAACUGGCUGCAGUUUUAGUGCCUUAA